CCUUCACAGUCUCUCUGUUCCCAGCUAGGAUGUGGCUGCCAUGGCAACUGCUGAAUCAUCCUCCACAGUCAGUAGAAGUCGUCCUCUAAUCUCAUCUGGGUAAGUAACACCUUACAUCAUGCAGGCAUACCCAUCUUGCAUUAGCUAUAUUAGCUAGGACACAAAAACAGGCUAGGGGGGGCUCCGUGUCUUCGGGAGGUGAAGCGGUGCAAACAGCAGACCUCCAAAUGGGAAACCUACCCACGACGGUGAAGCACUGCUUGACAUAUGAGCAACUCAUCCAGGACUAUCCAUGGCUAAGACGCUGGCUGCAAGAGGAAAAGACUGCUUCAGAGUAUCCACAGUUCGUCAAGAUUGUUGAAGUAGGGCCCAGAGAUGGUCUUCAAAAUGAAAAGGAAAUUGUUCCGACGGGGGUGAAAAUCCAGCUGAUAGACAUGCUCUCGGGAUCAGGCCUGCGUGUGAUCGAGGCCACCAGCUUUGUCUCCUCAAAGUGGGUACCGCAGAUGGCUGACCACACUGAGGUUCUCACAGGAAUCCAGAGAGCACCUCAUGUUCAGUACCCGGUAUUGACACCCAACAUGCAAGGCUUUCAGGAUGCUGUUGCAGCUGGCGCGACUGAAGUUGCAGUGUUUGGGUCAGCGUCUGAGACCUUCAGUGUGAAAAACAUUAAUUGCUCUAUUGAAGAAAGCAUGCACAGGUUUGAAGAGGUUGUUGAGCGUGCCAAAGAGCAAGCGAUUCCAGUUCGCGGAUACGUUUCUUGUGCCCUUGGUUGCCCUUAUGAGGGAAACAUUGAACCUACCAAAGUUGCGGAGGUGGCAAAGCGGUUAUAUGAGAUGGGAUGCUACGAGGUCUCUCUGGGAGACACCAUUGGCGUGGGUACUCCAGGUUCUGUGCAGAAGAUGCUGCAAUGUGUAUUGAAGGAGAUUCCUCCUAGCGCUGUGGCAAUUCACUGCCAUGACACGUAUGGGCAAGCCUUGGCAAACAUCCAUACCGCACUUCAGAUGGGGGUGUGCGUGGUGGACUCUGCAGUGGCCGGCCUGGGAGGCUGCCCGUACGCUCAGGGUUCAUCUGGCAAUGUUUCAACAGAGGAUGUCCUCUACAUGCUCCACGGCAUGGGCAUCGACACUGGGGUGAACCUUGCCAAAAUCCUGGAGGCAGGUGACUUCAUCUGUAAUGCUUUACAUCGCAAGACAAAUUCCAAGGUUGCUCAGGCAAGGAGCGCGAUGCCGUGAUCUUGUUUCUUUCACAUAUUUGACUUGAUUUCCUAUACUGUAAGUGCUUUGACUCUUGCCGCUGCUUUUAGAUUUUCUGAAUUUGCUGUAUGUUUGCCUGGUUUUGCUCCUGCAUUGGGGUCAAAAGGUGUGUCUGACAGUUAAGUAUGUCUAAUUGAAAUAACCUUUCUGUUAGUCAUAUCCACUCAAUUUACUGGUCUGUGCUACCCACUCAAUGACCAGUAGUGGAACUGUGGGUUUUAUAUCAAUUAUAUUAAAAUAUACAGCAGAUGGAGGACUGCAAAAAUAAUGAGAACAUGCUGUCGUGUCCUUUUCAGAGGCUUUUUACAACUCAUUUAUGAUGAUAUGAUCCCAGUAAAAGGUCAGUUUAAUUACUUACAUAGUUUAGAAUGGUCACUAGCUUCAUUAUUUCAACAGGUGUUUCAUAAUGGAAAAAGAGGCUACAUUUCCUGCUUUUUGAAUUUGAACUUUACCUAAAUCAGGUCAGAUAAUGGGGAAAUUAAUUUAAAAACCUCCUAAGAAUAAAACAUAAAAGCACUUUUUUUUUGCCAAAGAUCAUUCCGAACAUUGUUAUCCUGUAUUUAACACAUAAUUGUUUGUGAUGCUGACUUCUUCUCCUUUCUUGGCAAUAGCUCAAUGAAAUCAUGCUAAAAGUAACUUGUCCUCGUGCUCACCUCAUGGCACAUCUGUUUUGUAAUUAUUCCAUUUCUAUUCAACAUUCAAGUUCAUUGAAAUAGCAGUAAAUGGGGUCUGACAAAUUUAUACCGCACUGAUAAAAAGGUUGGGAAGCAUUUGUAUAUAUUUGCAUACAUUUUUGAAAAUGCAUGCUAAUUGACUUGCUGCAAAGGUCCCCCUCAUUAUGUAACAGUUAAGGCGCCCAUGCUCAAAAAUAUAUUAGCGCAAAAUGUAUUUUUGCCUAUGGUUUAUUAUUGCACAAUUACAUUAUAUAACAGUAAUUAUAUCCAUAUAUUUUUUGGAAUGGUUACCAUUUAGUUGCUUGUGUUGAUUUAACAAUUUAGCAAUUUAACAGUGUGUCUGUUUGGGCUUCAACAAGAUCAACAAGUAGAAAAGUGCUGAAGAGCCUCAUCAUCAGGAAAUGUGUUGAGUACAGUUCUUUUGCUCUUCUCUUGUUUUCCACUUAUGAUAAAACUGCUGCUAUUACAUAUCAUUAAGGAGAUUGCAAGCCAGAAGUUGUUGGUGGAUUAUGACAGUUUUGAGCCAACAGACCAGCUUGCAUGCCCACAAACCUCUCGUGGGCCGGGGAGGGGGCACGGACAUUAUAGUAAUCUAAUGCUAUUUUUUAUUAUGUAUUGUGUAUAACGCAAAGAACAGCGGAACAUUUUCAGUAAACUAUUAAAAAUGGUGGGCGGCUGGAAAGAAGGGCAAAAUAUGAUAGCUUCCCGUGGACAAUAGGAGGGUUCACAGGUAUGCUGUGAAUGUAUGUGUGAAUGGUUGUUUGUCUGUAUGUGUCCUAUGACUGGCUGUUGACCAGUCCGGGGUGUACCCCACCUCUCACCCAAAGCCAGCCGGGAUAGGCUCCAGCUCACCCGUGACCCUGAACAGGUUAAGUAUUGUACAAAAAACGAUGGAUGGAUAUUGGAGGUGCGAGUUUCCUGUGCUGCAGCUGCAUCCCAUCAUGCAGUCACGGCAGUCAAGAGAAAUGUUGAAUCUAAUCAGGUCAGUUUCGCCUCACUUGCUUCCACAUCACCAACUGCAUCAUCAUUCCCAUUUGGUCAUGUUUGAAAAGCAGUUAUAUCUUGUUGUAGAAACCUUUAACACGCUUUAUAUAGCUUAUAUUAGUUUAUUGUUGGCACGAUUUGCAGUAGAUUUUCACUGCCUGAAGAAAACCAGCUUACAGAUAUCUUUACAUGAAAAAAAAGUCAUCACAAACAGAAUCUCAUACAAUUAGCAACCAUAAUAAACUCGAAUCCUUCUUGUCUGAUAUGAGUUCAAAUAGCAACAAAAUGACUGAAUAUUUAAUAUUUGUGGAGAUCUUACAGAAGAGCAACACAGUGACCUUUAUCAAGUGGCUGGAAUCCUGUUUCAUCUCGUCUCUUGUCUCUUCUCAAAACCCUGGGACACAAAGCAAGGUCAAGUCAAUACUCCAUUUAUUUACUAAACUGCAGAAAGG